AUGCGAGAUUCAAAAAGUAAAGAGGUAGGAUUACAUCCCCAGCUAUUUACGGUGCUGCAAACCGAUCAUCUUUUUUCUUAUCAGUUUAUUUCAGAGAGUUCGUUGUUCUUCCCGUGUCUGUGGUUAGGUGCGCCAACACUGAAUGAAAUGACAGUAAACGCAAUUACAGGUUCUAUUGGUAAUGUGGCGCGUGGUGUUGCAAAGGUGGUGAGCGCUGUGACUGGAGCUAGCUGUUCAGGUGGGGUAUCCUCAAAUGUCAAUGCUUUCGCAUCGGCGGUACAGCGGAGAACUCCUACAGCCAAAAAACCAUCACCAUUGCCAAGGGAGCUACAGACACACCUCAAUGGUUCCAACAGGGCGAAAAUGAGGACCGCCGUGUAUCGAACAGUACCCUCAACACGGGCCGCCAGGGCGGCUGGGUUUGGCACCCUUUUCCUAAGGCUUGGUUGGGAUAAACUUGUGGGCUCCGAGGCGGGAGAUAAAAUGCUCCCUGUUAACAGCCACAUGCGCAUUGUAGAGACCCUUUGCCGGAUGCGUGGGGCGGUUAUGAAACUCGGACAGAUGCUCAGCAUUCAAGAUGAUAAUACGAUUCCGUCCAACAUCACCAGUUUAUUUGAGCGCGUGCGGGAUAGUGCUUAUGCCAUGCCACCUAAGCAGCUAGAGCAGACGCUGGCGAAGGAGUACAACGACAAAAAUUGGAGGCAGGAACUUUUCAAGGAGUUCAUCACGGAGCCCAUUGCGGCAGCUAGCAUUGGGCAGGUGCACCGAGCUGCCGUUAGCGACCAAGACACGGGUGAAAAGGUAGCCGUAGCCGUGAAGGUACAAUACCCCGGUGUGGCCCAGAGCAUUGACUCGGACGUGGCGAACUUACGUAUGCUUAUGUCGUUGAACAUUCUGCCCCCGGGAAUGUUUGUCGACAACAUCCUGGACGAAUUGCAACAAGAAUUGAAGACGGAGUGUUCCUAUAGUAAAGAAGCAGAGAAGCAACUGCGGUAUGCCGAAUUGUUGCAGCAAAGCCCGGAGCUUAAGGAAGUUUUCGUCGUCCCGAAGGUAUAUAAGUCCCUUUCAACGGACCGUGUGCUUGUCACGCAGAUGCUAUCGGGUGUGUCGAUUGACAAACUUGCCUCGUUGGUGGGGAUGCAGGACGUGAAGGAUUACGUUGCACGCUCUAUGUUGCACCUGACACUUACCGAACUCUUCCAAUGGCGUUUCAUGCAGACCGAUCCCAACUAUUCAAACUUCCUAUUUUGUCCCCAAACAAACAAAAUUGGUCUUAUCGACUUCGGAGCGGCCCGUGAGUACAACCAAGAGUUUGUGAAGGAUUACCUUGAUGUUGUUGCCGCGGCCGCACGCCGAGACCGCCAGACAGUUAUUGAAAAAAGCAUUAAACUGGGGUUUCUGAAAGGUAACGAGAUGAAGGAGAUGCUGAACGCCCACGCGGAAAGUGUGUUGCUUUUGGGUUUGCCCUUCAACAACCGGGACGUACCAUUCGAUUUCUCAAAGGAGAACUUGCCUUCGCGCAUUCAGGGUUACGUGCCAACGAUAGUCAGAUUGCGGCUUUGUCCGCCUCCUACGCCCAUCUACUCACUGCACCGUAGACUCAGCGGUGCCAUUCUGCUUUCGACAAAACUGAAGGCAACUGUUCCGUCGGGUGAACUCUUUUGGAAUAUAUACGAUGAAUUAACGAGCGUGUGA